AAGAAAGAAAGAAUAUCUGUUAGAAUAAGGGAAAACAAAGAACCCUCGUUUCGAACUGCAACCCUCCAUAGCCUCCAACUUUUCGGAACUUUUCCCAAAACUAGAGAAAUGGACGAGGGUAAAGUAGAGAUGGUGCUAGGCAGAAUAAUGGAAUUGAGGUUCAAGAUAACUAAUUGCAUCAGUUAUGGUAGAAAGGAAGGAAGAUAUUUGGGGAAAGGAAGCACCGGAAUGGAUUUAGAGGAGGUAGAGGCCGAAGAAGAAGAUGACAAAGAAGAAGAAGAUGAAGAAACAUAUUGCCUUUUGAGUAUCCGAGAGGCUAUUGAAAAUCUUGAAGUCCAAGUUUCCUCAUUGCAGGCACUACACCAGCAACAUGUGUAUGAAAAGGCAGAAGCCUUGGCUGGAAUUGCCCAUUCCCAGGACAAGUUGCUCACGAAGCUGAAAGAGUACAAGGGGGACAAUAUGGGCAUUAUAGAAGAGGCCAUUGCUUUUGUAGGUGACACGGCAGAAGAAAGCA